ACCCUGGUAUCUUCACCCACCCUUCUGUCACCGCUUCUUCUUUCGUUUUUUUUUUUUUUCCCCCAUCCCCAGAUUUUAUGAGGCCCCAUUUUCCAACGGAAAAGGGCGAGAGAGAAAAUGCAAUCCAGAAUCCUAAUAGCUCGCCCUCCCUGCACCCAUCUCUUCCAAAACCAUACACACCAAAGACCACUCUCUCUUUUUCCUCGCUUUAAAAUCUCCCUUUUUCCUUCAAAUCUGUUGAUCACGUCGGCGCCGAAAGCUCGUCGCAAUUGUAUAAAAACCGCUUGCAUUAGCCCAGCUCGAGAGCUCUUCGAAAAGGACUCCGAGAUCUCCGACGAAAGCGAUAGUGGUACCGUUUCGGUCUCCGAACAAGUGUUGGAGGUCGAGGGAGACGGAGCGGGUAGUGGAGACAGACAGACUAUAUGGCAUCAAAUGAAGGAGAUUGUGAAGUUCACGGGGCCAGCCACUGGUCUCUGGAUUUGCGGGCCGUUGAUGAGCCUGAUUGACACCGCGGUCAUCGGUCAGGGUAGCUCAAUUGAGCUCGCUGCUUUGGGUCCGGCAACAGUUAUGUGUGAUAGUUUGAGUUAUGUGUUCAUGUUCCUUUCGAUUGCUACUUCGAAUAUGGUUGCCACUUCCCUUGCCAAAAAGGAUAAAAAUGAAGUGCAGCAUCACAUAUCUAACUUGCUGUUUGUUGGGUUAACUUGUGGCUGCUUAAUGCUUUUGUUUACGAAGUUUUUUGGUUCGUGGGCACUAACAGCUUUUACUGGGCCAAAGAGCGCACACGUCAUACCUGCAGCAAACACAUAUGUUCAGAUUCGAGGCUUAGCAUGGCCUGCAGUUCUCAUUGGAUGGGUUACUCAGAGUGCAAGUCUUGGUAUGAAAGAUUCAUGGGGACCAUUGAAGGCUUUGGCGGUUGCCAGUGCUGUAAAUGCCGUUGGUGAUAUAGUCCUGUGCAGCUUCUUAGGCUAUGGUAUUGCUGGUGCAGCAUGGGCAACAGCAGCCUCUCAGGUUAUUGCAGGUUAUAUGAUGAUUGAAUCUCUGAACAAGAAAGGAUACGAUGCAUUUGCCAUAUCUGUUCCAUCACUUGAAGAACUUCGGACAGUGUUUGGGCUUGCUGCUCCAGUUUUUGUGACAAUGAUAUCAAAGGUUGCUUUCUUUUCCCUCAUUACAUAUCUUGCUACAUCUAUGGGCACAUACUCAAUGGCUGCUCACCAGGUCAUGGUCCAAACAUUCUUUAUGUGUACAGUAUGGGGUGAACCUCUAUCUCAGACUGCACAGUCAUUUAUGCCUGAGUUAAUAUAUGGAGUCCGUAGAAAUUUGGAAAAGGCCCAAAUGCUACUAAAGUCCCUUGUCAUCAUUGGAGCAAUACUUGGCUUGCUAUUAGGGAUUGUUUCAACAUCUGUUCUUCUGUGGUUCCCUAAAAUCUUUACACAUGAUCAGAGUGUCAUACAGGAGAUGCACAAAGUUAUGAUUCCAUUCUUUCUUGCAUUAGCUGUCACACCUCCAACUCUCAGCCUCGAGGGAACAUUGCUGGCUGGACGGGAUCUCAAAUUCAUUAGCUUAUCGAUGAGCGGAUGCUUAUGUGUGGGGGCACUACUCCUGCUGCUUAUAAGCAGUAGAGGAUAUGGUCUGUCUGGCUGCUGGUUCGGACUUGUAGGGUUUCAAUGGGCUCGAUUUUUCCUCUCUCUUCAGCGCCUUCUUUCUUCAAACGGCGUACUUCACUCAGACGAUUUAAGUCAGGUUAAAUUGGAAAAGCUGAGGGCAGCCUAGUUUAGGAAUCCAUAUAAACACGCUGAUCAUAGUUAAAUUUGUCAGGAACGAAACUCGGUAGUUCUAGCCGAAUUAUAGAAAAAUUUGAGCAUUUCAUUAUUGCCUUUUGGCCGAAGAAUAAUUUUCAUUCUUUGCCUCAAGUUUCAACGGGGCUAAAUGCAAAAGCAAUGUACCUCCUCGAGCUUAGAUAUCUAUUUCAAAACGGCAAGCACUUGCUUGCCAUUUGUUGUA